UUUACAUUUUUUUAAAACAUUUUACAAGAAUUGUUUUUGUUAAGAAAUCGUGACGUAAUAUUCUCGCGACCGCCCUAUGUGCAGGAAGUAAAGUUAACAGUUUGUUUGUUUGUUCUAAGAAAUAAAUCACGAUGUCCGGGAGCUUCUAUUUUGUCAUGGUGGGGCAUCACGAUAACCCUGUCUUUGAGAUGGAGUUCUUGCCAGCUGGAAAGCCUGAAUCAAAGGAUGACCACCGCCACCUCAACCAGUUCAUUGCACAUGCAGCUCUCGAUCUGGUGGAUGAAAACAUGUGGUUGUCCAACAACAUGUAUUUGAAAACUGUGGACAAGUUCAACGAGUGGUUCGUUUCUGCUUUUGUUACAGCUGGACAAAUUAGAUUCAUUAUGCUGCACGAUGUGCGACAAGAAGAUGGAAUAAAAAACUUCUUUAAUGACGUAUACGAUUUAUACAUAAAGUUUGCUAUGAACCCCUUCUAUGAAAUCAACUCACCGAUUCGCUCAACAGCCUUUGAGAGGAAAGUUCAGUUUCUAGGCAAGAAACAUCUUCUGAGCUAACUGCUCUGGGGUCAGAAACAUUUGGAUGGAUUUCUUUGCAUGUACUCAUAUUCCCAC